CAGCAGAGUUUGGCCCUGCCCAGCUAAGCCGCUACUGGCCGUCGAGGCCAGCUCGUCUCCAGCUCCAACGCGCUCCGCCCAGCACGGUCGGGAAGGAAGGCAAGAAGGAAGGAAGGAGAGCGCUGCGCGCCUCCCCCUGUAGCUCGAAGCCGGCGCGGAACAAGGCAGGAAGCGGCUCUCUUUCCUCGACGCCCCUGCCCCGGAGGGAGCGCGAUGUGCCGCGACGCCCCGUGAGUCACCGCCAUGGAGCCGGAGCCAGAGCCGGAGCCGGAGCCGGGGUUGAGCUUGGGCUGGGCGGCGCUGGUGCUGCUCUUUGCCGCCUCGCUGCUCACCGUCUCGGCCUGGCUCCUGCAGUUCGCCCGCGGCUUGUGGCGUGGACGGCACCGGCCGGCGAAGGAGGCGCCGCCGCCGUUGCAGUCGCGGGGCCGAGCUGCGACUGCGGCCGCCGGCCUCUGGGCAUCCCUGCGGCGCCUGGGCUCGGCCCGGGAAGGGGCCGGCUCCGAGGGAGCGGCGGGGGCCCGCGGCUUGCUGGAGUCGCUCUUCGCCUUCCGAGCCUUCCGCGAUAACUGGCAGCGAGCCUGGCUGAGAGCCCUCAACGAGCAGGCCCGCCGGCACGGGAGCUCAGUCCAGAUUACGUUUGAGGAGAGUCCUCAGCAACUACCGGCUGUCAAGAUUGACCACGUGACGUGCACGGACCAGUCGGAUCGCAGUAUGAUGUUGUGUUGCCACCUUUCUGCCAGCACCCUGCAGUUCCCUGUCUCAGUCACUCAGCAGUCUCCAGCUGCCGUUUCCAUGGACACCUAUCACGUCACCUUGGCUGUGCUGCAGGCCCAGUUGGAGAUCCACCUGGAGGAGAUUCAAGAUGAAGGGUUGCUGGUAUCCUGGGCAUUCAAAGACAGACCAGAGCUGAACCUGUCCGUCGUUCCAAGGCUCCAGCUACGUGAAGAGAAUGACGGGAAAGUGGACCUGUCCACCAUAAAGGACCUGAUUGAGGACUCUGUCGUCAGCACUCAGCCUGCCAUGAUGGUGAAUCUGAAGGCUUGUGUCGCUGGCAGCAAUGCGGUGUCCUACAGUAAACUUUCCCAGGGGUCCCCAUCCAGCACAGCUGCCCCAGUGGUGCCCAAGCUGCUUCUCCAGCACCUGCGAGCUCUGCACUUGGGCUCUGAGGAGACUCGAGGAAGUGGGCAGUUGUGUUGCGUGGCAGAGCUGGACAGCCCUCGGCAGCUGAAGAGGACGAAGUUGGUGCCAGCCAGUAGCUCCAGCCCUGCAGCCAAAGUGGAGUGGGCAGACAAGCUCGUUCUGGAGCUUGGAUCGAGGAGCAGAGAGCUGAAGCUGAGUGUGCUUGGGCGCAGCAGUUCUGGAGAAGAUGUGCUCUUGGGAUUUGCCACUAUUCCGCUGGACUCCCCCUCCAAAGAGCCACGGGGACAGCGGCAGUACGCACUGACCCCAGGAGCUGUCAGGAAGCUGCCUGCAGGAGCAGCUGUUGCAGUGGAGCUGCUCUAUCAGGAACUGCCGGAGCUUCAGCUGGCCUCUUCGCUGCGCACCAGCAUCACCCCCACCAAAAAGAUUGAGAUGGACCGCACCAUCAUGCCUGACGGGACCAUUGUCACCACCGUCACCACCAUCCAGUCCAGGCCCAAAAUGGACUGCAAGAUUGAUUCACCCUCAAGGUCUCCAUCGAAGGUGGAAGUGACAGAGAAAGUGACCACGAUGCUUCCAGAAAAUGGCUGUCCCAGCUCUUCCCCCUGCAGUAGUAGAAGCAGCCACGUAUCCAAUGGCUUGGACCCAGUGGCCGAGACGGCAAUCAGGCAGCUGACAGAUUUGACCAAUAAACCUGCCAAAAAGACCCCGACAAAGCGAAGUACACUGAUAAUCUCGGGAGUUUCCAAGGUACCAAUUGCCGAAGACGAGAUGGCUCUCUCUCUUGGUUACGCUGCCUCGCUGGAGGGCAAUCUCCAGGAUGACUCCAUUGCAACCGGCAUAUCUGAAUAUGGGCAGAGCACCACAGAUGCCACUCAGCAGCUGGAAGCCUCAUACUCUGCCCAAAGGGAGUUGGAUGAGACGACGCGCUCGGACAUCUCCGAAAGGCCCUCGUUGGAGGAUGUGGAAUCCGAAACAGGCUCGACAGGUGCUCUGGAGACCAGGAGCUUGAAAGAUCACAAAGUGAACUUCCUCCGGAGUGGCACCAAACUCAUCUUCCGGAGGAAGAACAAGCAGAAGGAAGCCGGCCUCAGCCAGUCUCAUGAUGACUUGCCCAAUGCCGGUGCUAGCUCCUCUGGCAGGAAAAAAUCUGGCAGCUUCUCUCGGCGCCUCAUCAAGCGCUUUUCCUUCAAGUCGAAGCCCAAACCCAAGGCCAACGGGAGUACAUUGGCCAUGGACAAGCACUGAGACGUCAGUGGUCAAAGGCUGUUCUCUAGGAGCCCCCUUUUGUCGAAGCUUUCCCUACUCCGUAUCUACAUCACAGCCCAGAUUCUCUCUCCUCCAGAGCCUACCUGGAUGGUUGGUGUUUGAUGUUUGGAGCUUUUGCCACGUAGCUACUGUGAAUGCCGCUGCCUCCCAGAGGAACAAAUGGCACACAAUGGCCCUGUUUGUAGCUGAUCUGUGUGCACUGUCUUGCCGUGGCGGGGGAUGCAGACCCCCCCAUGCUACCUUCAGCCUGAAUUUGAAAUCCUGGGAGUGCGCAAAGGAGGAGACUUUGGUGGUUGGCUUAACAAGAACCCCUCUCUCUGUGCUGGGCAUGUGUAUAAGACAUGGUUACAGGGAAUGAGGUAUCAAUUGAUUCCAGCUUAUUUGGCUAAGCUGCUGGUGUUUGCCCAAUUUGUGUGGACAUGUCAAACUGGAUGAGCCUCCUUGAGGAAUCCAGUGGCUUCUUUCCUC